AUGAGAUCUCAAUUCAAAGAAGAACACACUUUUGAAACACGCAAGGCCGAGGCAGAACGUAUCAGACACAAGUAUCAUGACCGCAUUCCUGUUAUUUGUGAAAAGGUGGAAAAAUCUGAUAUUCCUCCCAUUGAUAAGCGCAAGUACCUGGUGCCUUCAGACCUCACAGUUGGCCAGUUUGUUUACGUCAUUCGUAAACGAAUUCGUCUAGCCCCUGAAAAGGCUGUCUUUAUCUUUGUUAAUGAUGUUCUUCCUCCUACAGCUGCCCUGAUGAGUUCUAUCUACCAGGAACACAAGGAUCCUGAUGGGUUUUUGUAUAUUACCUACUCGGGUGAAAAUACCUUUGGAGAAGAUCAAAUACUGAAUGAAGAAGAAGAAGAAGAAGAAGAAGAAGCAUAA